AGAGAGUACCAUUUACUACGAGCGCUCCACAACUAAUGCGUGCGCAUUUACGCGCUUUGAAGCAGAUGGUACCUGAGCUCCUAAGACAGGUUAGCGGGACGAUGCGUCUAAACAGUUCGCAACAGCGCUGUGAUGAAGAAAAACAAGGCAACCCAAAAGUUUAGUUCAGUCAGAAGGUAGUUAUAGCAGGAGGACUCCGCGGAGAUCAUGUUGUGAGUCCGAGGAGCGGAGCGGGAUGAAGUCGGUGAGACGGGGCACGCGCUUCUGCUGCUGCGGGCUCGCGCUCCUCGCGCUCCUUGCGCUGCUGUGGCUCGCGCAGCUCCUGCAGCUCACAGAGAUCAAGUCUUCGUCGCCAGAAACAGACUUUCCCAGACGUAGGGUCCUGCAGUAUGGCGUCGAAAAUCAAACCCUUGACACUACAAGAGCAGCAAUUCAUGAGUUCCCUGAGGACAUCUUCAACAAAGAGCAGCGCAAGAGAGGAGCUGUACUGCUGCACGUGCUCUGUGCCGUCUAUAUGCUCUACGCGCUGGCUAUCGUUUGUGAUGAUUAUUUUGUCCCGUCGCUGGAGAAGAUCUCAGAGAACCUGGAGCUGAGUGAAGAUGUGGCCGGGGCAACUUUCAUGGCUGCAGGAAGUUCAGCUCCAGAAUUAUUUACUUCUUUAAUUGGGGUGUUCAUCACACAAGGAGAUGUUGGCGUUGGCACCAUUGUUGGGUCGGCGGUCUUCAACAUACUUGCAAUCAUUGGAGUGUGUGGUAUCUUUGCUCGUCAGGCGGUGGCCUUGACCUGGUGGUCUCUGUUCAGAGACUCGUUGUACUACAUCUUCUCAGUGCUGGCUUUGAUUUUGGUUAUCUAUGAUGAAAGAGUUGUAUGGUGGGAAUCUAUGCUUCUGAUCUCCAUGUAUGGAGUCUACAUCCUUAUCAUGAAGUUUAACAGUAAGAUUGCUAGCUUUGUUCAGAGAUCAUGUGGCAGUCCAGGCCAAUGUUGUGUAAGGAGACAAACGUCCAGAGAUAAAGAAGCUGAUGAAGCGGGAACAAACGGCAACACCUCCAUGGUGCUGUUAAGGAAAGGACAGCAGUCUCCAGUAGUGAUGGUGGAUGAGCUGCUCAUCUUAAGGCCACACCAGCUCUCGUUCCCAGAGGCUGGACUGCGUGUCAUGAUCUCACCACAUUUCUCUCCACGCACCCGUCUCUCUAUGGCCGGACGCAUGCUCAUCAGUGAGAGACAGAGACUGCUCCGGGAGGAUAAGAUGAGCAGGACCUCGGUGAACACAUGCGGUUCUAGAGCGAUAGUAAACGGAGGAAGUGUUGAAGCACAGCAGACACCUGAGGACACACAAAUAAUGGAUGGGAAGAAAGGAGUGAAGAUGGAGGUGGAAGACUCUCAGCCUAAAAAAGCAGAUGAGGACCGGGACCAAAUGUUCACACCUUUCCAUUUUCCUGCGGGCUACAGUGCGCGUCUGAAGUGGCUUGUGUCCUGGCCGCUGGCUGUUCUGCUGUAUUACACAGUGCCUAACUGUGUUUCGCCGCGUUGGCAUCGCUGGUUCAUGAUCACCUUCAUUGCUUCAACCUUUUGGAUUGCUAUUUUUUCCUACCUCAUGGUGUGGAUGGUCACCAUCAUCAGCUACACACUUGAUAUUCCUGAUUACAUCAUGGGAAUCACUUUCCUGGCUGCUGGCACUAGUGUACCCGACUGCAUGGCCAGCCUCAUCGUCGCCCGCCAAGGAAUGGGGGACAUGGCUGUGUCGAACUCCAUAGGCAGUAAUAUCUUUGACAUCCUGCUGGGACUGGGCUUCCCCUGGGCUCUGAGGACACUAGUAGUAGAUCAUGGAUCCGCAAUAUUCAUCAAUAAUAAAGGCCUGGUCUAUUCUGUCAUCCUGCUGCUCGCAUCAGUCUUCCUCACGGUCCUGAGUGUGCAUCUGAACGGCUGGAAGCUGGAUCGGAGACUAGGUCUUGGUCUCAUGCUUCUUUACUCCAUCUUUCUGCUCUGCUCCAUCCUCUUCGGUCAGCUCUAGAGGUGCCACGCUCUUCAGGGCGUUCUUGUUUCAGUUUUAUUAUAAUAGUGCUUUUACAGUAGAUCAGGUACUAAAUCCUGGCUGAUUUCACGUCUGCGUACGGUGUAGCAGCUCUACAGAAGCAAAACCUCAGAAUGGUUUUCAAGAUCCAGUCAGACAAACAGCAAGAACGAAUAAGGUUUUUGAAUGACUAAUUGAGAAGGUGUACGGUAUAAUAUAAAGUUUUUCUGUCUUCAGUCGACUCAGGAUGCUGAUGACUUACAAGAACACUGAAGGAUUACAGUCAGAAACAGUUUAAUUGCUUAUGACUUCAGUAAAUCUUCUCGCAUGUUUUAACCUUGUGAAAAAUAAGUACAUUUCAGUACACUUUCAAAAAAGAGUACUUAUUAUGGAACUAAGAUACUUUAAUAUACUUAAGUGUGAACUGAAUGUAAUGUUUUUGGACACUUAUUUGAAUGUUAUUUGCAAUUAUUGAAACUGUGUUGUAGUUUACAUUUAUUUCAAAUGCAACUAGCUGAACUUUAGAGUGUUUUUGACCUGUGUAAGUAUUACUUAAGCACAUCUUUAUAUGUAAUUUCAGAAUUAUGUCUGUUAUCUUUAAAAUUUGGUUGAAGUGUGAAGUAUUUAAAUAUAUUUGUAAUUACACAUUUAUAAUGAUGAAGUUGCAGUUUAGUACAUUGAAUAGAUAUAUAUAUGUAUUAAUUUUAAAUGCAAUGUUUAAUAACCUUAAGUUAAAAAUUAUAAUCAAGUACUUUACAUACACACUAAUAUGUUAGUCAACAGAUCAGAAUAAGGGUACUUCUUUAAAAUACCACAAAAUAUUUGAAAAUGUGCUGCAAAUUUCUUCCUUGGACCAUCCAAGGAAGAUGAGUUUGUUUCUUCAUCAGAUUUGUAGCAUUGCAUCACUUGUUUAUCAAUGGAUGCUGUGCAGUGAAUG